AUGCAGCACUACGCGAAAAAGACGAAAGAGAAAGUCGGCAUGGUUGGCGAGAAGGUGGUAACCGGCAUCGCGAAAUCCUUGCUGGGCAUUGACUUGUCGAAAGGCUGUCGCGGGAAUAAGGAAGACAAGGACCACAAUGGCGAGUUCAACAGUUUGAUGGGCGACAAUUCGCCGGAGAAUAACAAGUCGAAGAGCAAUAAGACGGCGAAGGAGGAGAAGUCGGACAUCGAGAUGAUUGACGAGCAGUUGCGAAAAUUGCUCGAAAACCGGCCCUCCGCGGAAAACAACCUUUCGGAACCGGCCUGGGCGAACUGGUGGCACCCGACCGCGAGCAUGAUGGGCACGGGGGACAAAGGGAGUCCGAUGAAGAAGAAGUCGAAGGAAGCGGCGCAAAAGUUCACGAACAUGGAGGGCAUGGCGGAGGGGGUGCUGCGGUUGGUCCUGAAAGUGAACGAUCCGGAAAAGACUUCCGUGCCGUUGGAGAAUAAUGAUUUGACGCAACUGGCUAUGACAAUGCACAACUCCCGCCCCUCGGCGCGGGCGAAGCCCGCGACGCGCGAUCAGAGGCCACGCGCGAUCACAACGCGCGCUCAGACGUGCGAAAAUGUGAUGACGUCGGGUCCGUGCUGUUAUGUGUCAGUGUGUGUUGGUUUUCGGCGUGUCAUGGCUUGGAUGCCGUUUAGUUAGUGUGGGCGCUGAGAGAUGUUUGCUGCGCGCCGUUCCAUCUGGGCCCCUGACCGCUGCGGAGCAUGCCGCUUUGCGGAGCACGCCGCUUAGAUACUGAUGUACAGUCAACGACCCCCUACGUCAUUCUCCCCCUCAUUUGUCAUGCAAAAUACCAAAUCCAGUCCUUUCCGUUUUCCUCAAACACUGCCUGCGUGAAAGAUUCCGCAAGCUGAAACAGCACUAGAAUCGGUCGCAAAUUUAUUGUCAUGCAAAAGCUGCAGUUAUGCCAGCACUUGUGUUGCUGUUUAUGCUGUUCAAAUGAGGGGGAGGGGGAGUUGUGCACUCUCAUACUGGCCUGCUUGACCAAGUCCGUGAUCGCGCUGGGGAAAAGGUUGUCGAAGUGGAACGGACUGGAUUUGUCCGCGGUUUUGUCGGAGUUAGCCGACACGGCGGAGCAGCUGCAGAGUUCGGGAAAGAAGUUCAAGCAGGAGAUUUUGGAGGAGAACCAGAAGCAAAACAUCCAAGCGGCGGAGGAGUCCGGCUUCCCAAUCGCGAAGGACAAAGUCAGCAAGGAGCAGUAUGAGAGUCUCAGAAUCGAAAUCGACAAAAGUGAAAUACUUCAGCCAUGCACAAUGAAAUUGCGCAAUGUUGUUCUUGCGCAAAAUAAAACCUGUAUUGGGGAAAAGGGCAAGGGCGUUCGAUUCUGUGGCUGUUUGUGGAUAGAGAUAGAGCAACCCUGCCAAAGAAGUUAGCAUGGCAACAAGGGAUGUCUUCUUUCCCCAAAUACUAGCACGACAAACUGGACCUAGGUGUCUGAUGCGCCGCUUAGUAAUUCUUGCGCUGCCAGUCGUUGUAUCGGUUUUGUGCGACGUGACAAAUGAUUUGUUCAACUUUAUCGAUUUCGAGCCUGAUCAUGGUUCCAUAAGUAUCACACAGAAAAAAGCCGGCAGGGCAUAUUUGCAAUGCAAAAAUAAGCACACAAAAAAAUCUGUAUUGCAUAUGCGAAACAGCACGCUAUGGGGCCACCCAUGACAAAUUUUAGUGUGUAUGUAUUUUUGCAUUACAAAUAUGCCCUGCCAGCUUUUUUCUCUGGGAUAAUAAGCACCAAGAAUCGCUCCACUUCGCGGAAAAGAUUUUGGAGGUAGCGGGUUCCACCGCGCAGCUGUGCACGGAGUUGCAUACGGUGAUUUCUUAUGCAUUGCAAAUAUGUUAUGUCUGGUUCUGGCUCUGGACGAAGAGUCGGGGCUCGUCAUGCACAUUUUGCAUGACCCAUGAGGUCCGUGAUGCUGGUGUUAGCAUCACAGAUUUUUUGAGAGCUUCUUGAUGCUAAUUACGCAUGAUAAAUGGCAUCUCCGCGUGCCAAGAACUGGAUUCCUCUUGCUGCUCAUGCAGCACCGAUAUUUUUAGAAUCCGCAGACAGCAUUACAAGUUCCACUCUUCUAGACAUCCAGGGAUAUUUGCAGUUGAUAUUUCUGAAGCGAUGUUCAAGACCGCGACGGGGCAGAACAUUUCGGACAAGAAUGUGUUGAACAAGAUUCAACAGAAUCAACUUGUGCGGGAGAGGGGGUCGAGUCAAAGCGGGGGGAAUUAUAGCAGCAGUGCGGGUAGUGCAGCGAUGAGCAUGAACAACAAUUCGUCUUCGAAUUCCUCCGACGGGUCCAACAAUAACCACAUCUCCGGUCGCGCGGUUUGCCAGGCGGUCUUCCACUGGUGGCACGCGAAGAAAGCCUGGUUUCUGGAGAAACUGCUCCGGAACUCGCUCUUAGAAGGGCUGGAGGAAACCACCUCGGUCGAGCACCAGCACUACCUCCUGAACCACGAACGGGAAGUUGCGCUGAAGGAGCGGGAAAACAAGGGAGCUGCAAACAAUAGUAGUUCUAUUGGCGACAAUAAAAGCGCUUCGGCUUGUUCGGGGGCAGCAGCCAAUUCCACCGCUGCUGCUGCUCCGUCGAAAACUUCCUCGACGUCUACGGGAAUUCUGUCCGGCUUUUCCAAGAUGUUUGGGUCCACCGCGAGCAAAACGCUUUCUGGUCUGGCGAAAUUCGGGAACACGGACGCGAAUUUGCGGAGCCAGUAUUUGCAAGACCACACGACGAAGCUGCUGUUUCUGAAGUUCCGCGAUUCCAUGGAGGACUUUGCGCAUUUACUGGACGAAACCGUUUUAACCGUGUACGAAAACGAGUCGGUGCUCGCGGUUUCCGAGUGGGUGAAAAUCGGGAAGGAGGUGUUCCAGGAGGCGCGGGACCUGAAAAUGGUGUCCGUGAUGGUAAAUUUCGUGGGCAACGAGUUGAUGGUGAGCAAGUGCGGGAGCGGGACGAAGUUCAACUUCUUCAACCGCAACACCGACUCGGUGAAGCAGUUGGAGGACCAACACCGGAAACGGUUGGACCGGCAGAAGGCGAACAAAAAGAAAAUCCCGGUCACGUCGACCUUCAAAUCCUCGCCCUAUUUCAACUACAGCAAUAUCAAAUGUAAAAGUGUCUGGGUCUGGAAAAAUGCAACUUUGUCAUGCUUGUCUGGCAUGACUCUUAAAUCUGUCAUGCACAUUACCAAAGAGCCCCACUUUUCUGUCAUGCAGAAACUUAGUUUGUCAUACAGAAUAGCCAACACCUAGAAGCUCAGAAACUUGUCAUGCUGAGCCAGCAAUUGUGGCCUCCUCAUGAUAUGCCACACAGCAUCACAAAUUUCCAGACCCAGGCACAUUUGCAUUUGAUAAGCAACUGCAACGAGCAAUUUUUCACCGGGAUCGGGCCCAUCCUCGACUUGCAAAACGAGUCCAUGCGGAUCUGGACCGAGGCGUCCGCGAGCCGGACGGCGGUGCUGAAGGCGAUCGCGAAGAUAUCGUGAGUAAAAACGUCUCCACCCCAUAAUCAAGUUGGGAAUCUAGCAACACAAAUCUCCAAGUUUUGGGAGCUGUGCAUGACAAGUUUCCCUCUCCAGUGUAGUACUGAUUGGCAAGAGAAGCCGCAUGAGAAAGCCACUUUCGCAUCCUGUUUACAGCAUUACAGAUUCCACAACACGAUUGGAAAUGCCUCUCAUGGAGCUGCGCAUUACAAAUGUUCCUGUCAUUGCGCAUUUGCAUGACAACUCUGGUGUGGAGACGUUUUUACACAGGAUAGAAGACGUACGAGCGGGAGAUCGAAAAGGAGAAAACGCCGAAAUUAAAAUUCGACCUCGUGGAGCUGCAACUCCCGUAUUUGCAGGCCUUGGACGACAAUGAGCGGGUGCGGGAAGCUAUCAAAUGUAAAAAUGUCUGGGUCUGGAAGAGUCAUGCUGUUUUUGCAUGACGCAGAAGGUCUGACAUGGAAGCUCUAGCGUCACAGUUUUCGAGAAGCUUCCGCCAUGCGGAAUCCGCAUGACAAAUCCCCCAUUUUGGUGACAGAAAGUGGGUGGGUUUUGCUACCUAUGCAUGAGAGAUUUUUCUGUAUUCAGAAAUGCGCAUCACGUCCAGACCCAGACACUUUUGCAUUUGAUAGAAGCGGACGGCCUCAAACGGAAUUUAGCCGACGAACUGGAGGCAGACCUGGCCCGGGCGGACCAGAAUUUCGCCCGGGUGGCGGAUCGCUACUUCGCGAUCGGGGUCCGGUCGCUCUCCCUGGAUUUGGACCGCGUGGCGCCGCCCGCGUUUCAAUUGUUGACCCGCGGCUCGACCUUCGCGGACCUGCAGGCCCUGCAGGGUCGGAACACGAACUUUGUGCAGGCGGUGCAGGAGAUUUUGAAGGUGAUCCGCGACCACGAGCAGAAGGAGGGCGUCUGGCGCCGGAACAUUUCCAUCUUCGCCGGGCAGAUGUGUCGGCAGUGCGAGCACGAGAACCUGUGCGAGGGGAACAACAUGAAGGACAAGGCGCAGGAGUUUCUCAUGCGGAUUGGCCUCUGCUCUCGGUUUUCGCAGCACACGCGGCGGAAAUUGAUCGGGGACGUGGGGGACAAAGACGGCGCGGAUGGCAGUGGGGUCGUGGAACUGAAGAUGAAGAAGAAGGAGCGGAAGGAAACGCACGCGGAGAUGGUGAAGGAAAAGGACGGGAUGCGGGGCAAGAAGGACGACAAAAAGGCGAAGGAAAAGAUGAAGGAGCUGAAAACGAAGCUGAAAGACCUCCGCAUCGCCGCCGCUGCGGGCAUGGAAAGUUUGGACAAUAGUGACGACGACGCGGACGCCGGAGGGGGCAAUACUGGCAUUACAACAGGUGCUUCCAGUGCCAGUUCGUCUUCAAAGAAGGUGGCAAAAUUUAAGAAAGACGACGAUGAGGACAAGCCAACCAUUUUGAAUUUCCCGAUCGAAAUGCCUGUUGUCGUCACGAAGAUUCACUACACGCUGGACGAAUUCCCCAUGAUCGAAGAAUUGCUCGAUUCCAUAUGAGAGUGCAGAAUUCCUCCUCGCUGUCAUUUAAAUUGCAUAAGCAGCAACUACACAAGUGAGUGCAGCUUUUGCAUGAAAAAUUCGCGACCGAUCAACAGUCUAGUGGCGUUUCGGCUCCUUCCGAAACCUGUCAUGCAAGCAGUGCCAGAGGGAAAAGGGUCGGCUUUGUAUUUUGCAUGAAAUAAAUGAGGAACGGAGAAGUUAUGCAUUGUCAUAUUCCAGCCUGCUCCGCGUGAACCAGUGCAACGAAAGUGCCGUGUAUCGCGAGAAAAAGCUACUGUCUCAGUCUCAACUUCGUCGAUGAAGCAGUCUUUUGGCAUGCUCGACAGCACGGAAGAAAUAAAAGGCGCUUCAUAUGUUGUGUUUUCUCCUUAGAUGGCACAAAACUUCGCCGCAUGUCAUCAUGGUGAAGGAGUUUGUAUAGUAUGCUGCGACAGGAGCAUGACAGGUUUGAGAGUGCUGAAAGAGUUUUUUCGUGCGAUGCCGUGAACUCGUGCUUAAACGACUUCCGGAAAAGGAUCCACCUCGCGCAGCGCGCCUUGCGGGACAGCGGGCGGCUGCAACCCCGACGGCGGUUGCGGGAGGCGAUCCCGUUUCUGUUGGCGCAGCGGUUUCUGCAGGCGGCGGAAGAAACCCGGAACCGGCACUUUUGGCAGUCGCCCUGGCCGCAGCACGGGCUGGACCGGGUGUUCCGCAUGGCGGAGAGCAUGCUGGAUAUCAAAGUGAAAAAUCCCCCCACCCCAUGCUCAAAAUAGAGGUUUGUGAUGCAGAUUUGUGGUCACAAAUCUAUCAGCUUUGUCAUGCUAGAAGGGAAAAGAUGCGGACUGUAGUGCUGGUUGGCGUGGAUAAGCCUUGCAUCUUCAGCAUUACAGGGGGCAGCUGGAAGUGGGAAACAGCAUGACAAAUUGCCUGUAGACGAGGCCACAGCUGCGUCUCUUGGCCUUCUAGCAUUACAAGUCGAUUUGUGUACUCAAAUACAGCAUCACAAAUUUCGUUUUCGAUAUGGGGAGGGGGGAUUUUUCCUUUUGAUACUGGAGGAGCACUUGGGCAAGGCGAACGAGGACGAGGAGCAGGAGCAACUGGAGCAGGAAGACCCGCUAUCCUGUGCAAAAGUAUCGUACUCGUAUCAAUGCAUUACAAAUUUCCUCAGCAUAGAAAUAAAAUAAUGCAGAUUUGCCUUGCCCUUGGAAACAAAAUUUGUAAUGCAAGACUUGCACUUGUACGAGUACGAUACUUUUGCACAGGAUGCCCACUGUUUUUCGGCCGCGGGCUGGUGGACAUCGUGCAGUCCCUGGAAAUAUCAAAUGCAAAAAUGUCUGGGUCUGGAAGAAUACAAACUUGUGAUGCGCAUUUCAGAACAGAAAAAAAUCUCUCAUGCAUAGGCAGCAAAAGUUCAAGUUGCUCACUUUCUGUCACCAGAGUCAGGGAUUUGUCAUGCGGCUUCGGCAUUGCGAACGCUUCUCGAAACUUGUGAUGCUAGAGCUUCCAUGCCAGACCUUCUGUGUCAUGCAAAAGUAGCAUGACUCUUCCAGACCCAGACAUUUUUGCAAUCCAUAGGACGACCAGAUCGAGUUGGUGGAUCCCAAACCGGGCUACGCGGACUGGCUCACCGAGGGCGAGCGGGACCAGGCGCGGGUGGCCCUGAAGCAGGCGGAAAAGAACCAGGACUACCUGACCGCGGUCACGGAGUCCUACAGUCUCGCAGUCUCCUUUGUGGACCACGAAGUGAGCCGGGUGCUGCCGUGCGCGGACAUGCUAAACAACGGCGCGUCGUUGAAGGAUUUGCUCUGGGUGCAAACUGCGGAUCACGUGAAGGUAAUCAGGUACGUGUUUCAACGAAUCGCGGAGUGCGAACGGGGUAUGCAAAAAAAAAAAGCUGUCAACACGACCUAGUGUCAGGGGCGGGUUUAGAACCUUAAUUUUGGACAUUCAGCAAACACAGCUCCCUUCGAUUCGAUAUGGUAGAAGAAACAAAUCUCGGAUGCGUCAUGAACAAAAGCAAGUUGUUGGGAAAAGAACAUAAACACGUGUAAAAACGCCAUGCGUUAGUAGUACUCAUCUUGCAUGUUGAGCAUGACAGAAAGCUUUAACAAGCUGUUUCCGCAAUACAGAUGAAGACUGGGAGGUGGACAGUUCUUUCUAGCGAUACUGGAAAAAGAGCGGCAAGUUCGGGAAUUCGAAAUCAUGUUUGGCUGCUACUUGUGCAGGGCAAAAGUAUCGCAGACACAGUAACAAGUGUAAAUCGCAUGACAAUUUUUUUCCAAAAAACAGAACAAAUGCAGUAGACAUGUAUGCCCAUGCGCAGGAGAACAAAGCGGUUCUUUCGUGCAAGAUACAAGAUUGCGAUACGUUUGCACAGGAUAAUGGUCGGCGACGUGCUCGGUAUGUAUCUAUCGUAGUCGCCUCCCGUCGGUACUAACAUGUAGUUAUCGUGGCUUUUUUCAUCUGAUCACAAAAAAUCCGUAGUGGUAUUUUUUUUUGAUUUUGGCGUUCUUUUUUCAGCCACCAUAUAUCGAAGUUAGAGAAUGCGAAUGGAAAAUUGAGCAGCACAAACUACUUGUGAAAAAAAUGCUAAAAAAUGAAAAACAGCCCUUCCCGCUCCCCGUGGUCGAGGAGGCCAUCCAGGUGCUGCAGCGACUCGCUUUUGGCGGCCUGCACUACCGGAAGGAGAUUUACAAGUACAAGGAGAACCACGACAACAGCAAAUACCUGAAGGAGUCCACCGCGAUGGAUAUUCCGAAGCACAACAAGGAAACGGAGCGGUUUAUCCUGGAGAACCCGGAGGUGACUUCGGAGGCGGAAUGCAAAAUCGAGUGGGUGCAGGUGAUGCAACCGGACCACGUGCGGCAUUUCGAGAACCACCACGGACUGCAGACCAUCGAUGAGGAAGCGGACGUCUACGGUUUCGGUACGAGCGGGCGUGGCGGAGGCCCGGGAAGGCGGUACGGUUCGGGGGAGCUUGAAAUCACGGACAGUACCAGCCUUGAUGAUAUCGAAAUGAACAAUCCCCCCUCGUCCCCAUAUCAAAACGCAGAUCUUUGUUGCGGAAUUUGUGUGCACAAUUCAAAUGCAAAUUUGUCUUGCAAUAGAGCACUGCACGCAGAUCGUCAGCCUAGGUAGGACCACCUGGAGCCUUCUGGUGCAGGCGCAUACAUAGCAUGGCAAACGUCUGCCCUGUACGUUUUACAGUAUUACUUACAAAUUAGGGCGGAAAAAUCGGCAAAUAUCAUCAUUUUCGCAAGCGCGCUUUUUGGGGGGGUAAAAAUAUUCUGGCUGUAAGGGGUGUAGCUACUGCUUUUUUUCCUGUUGGCCAUUUAGAUGUUGGCGCCGCACUUCGGUGUUACGGUCCGCCAUCCGGCCCUCCCCUUUUUCCAAUAAAACCGCCGCACUUUCUUGAAGCUCCACCCGCCUGCGGCCCUCUGGCGCGGGAUGCCGCGCCCCAUGUCCCGCAUUCAAUUCCGGACGCGCUCACAUAUCUUCUCAUCCCCCCCCUCCGACCGGAUAUGGAGAAGGCGGACGCGCCAGCAGUCGAGUGCUUCCGGGGGGGUGCCGAAGGGGGGGGGUAAGGGUCGGCUUGGGCUGCCUCUGGGCUACCUUUUUUGGGCACGCAAAAUCGGCAGUUUCCAAUGGGGAUUAGGGGGUCGGCAUAGGCUACCCCAAAGCUGCCUGAAGGGGGUGCCCGGAAGGGGUGUCCGGGAGGGGCAAAAAUGCACCCCCCUGACCACCCCCCCUGGCCGGGCCUCCUUCUCCGGGCGAAGGGCCUCGUCGAGCCCCGGUCAGGGAGGCGGCCCGGCCACUGUUCGAAGAGCGGGUCCACGACACAGCGUCCGGCCAUUUGGGCGACAACGCACAGAACGAAGGCACUGUGGCGUGCUUCUGGUCUUUGUGUUGCGGCAUCUCCAAAGCUCAGCUAUCAUGUUUCCUGUGGAAAAGAUGAAGGGACACGCGAGGCGUGUCGGCUUCCAAGAUGUUGCGCCCCCAACAAAAAGCCUAUUUUUACCCCCCAAACAAGUGCGCUUGCAAAAAUGAUGAUAUUUGCCGAUUUUUCCGCCCUAAACAAAUCGCCGGCGGCAUGGCGCGGGGGCCUCUCUGAGCCUUUCUUCUUCUGAGACAGACAGGAUUUGUGGCCACAGAUCUGCACCGCAAAUCAUCAGACGGAUACGCUUUCAAUAUGGGGAGCAGGGGGGAUUUUUCCUUGCAAUAGAUUACUACAUGGGCGGCGGGGGGUCUGGCGGGUUCAUCUCCUACGGCAAUGGGCUUCAGGUGUACAAACCUCCCUCCAUGUUCCAGUCCACGAAAAUGCAGAUCGCGAAGUCUUAUCGCUUGAAAACAAAGAAACUAGUCGUAGUCAUGAUACAAUAAAAUCGCAUAAUUCUUGCACGACGUCGCAUAAUGUGCUAGUUUCGUACUUCUUACCGGUUCAACCGAAAUCGAAAUCAGCACAAAAACUUUUAGUUUUGGGUUUCGUUUGGAAUUUUUAAUGAAUGUAGUCGUGAUGGACACACAGUUGAUGCGCAGCAUGCUACCAUAAAUGUAGUUUCCCUGUGUCCAUACAUCGCAACGGGACGCUUACAUCGACGCCCGGCGGUUCCAGCAAGCCGAUUUUGGCGUGGACAAGCACGUGGUGCUGGGCAAGAACCAGAAAGGCGUCGACUUGAAAAACAGCAAGCCCGCGAGCCUGUUGAUCUGGUACGAGGGGCAGAAAACCAUCCCCCUGCUGGAGCGCGUCGACAAUUGGCACCUGUUUCUGGACGAGUCGAUGAGUCAGGACCGGGACCACGGUGGUAGUAGCACGCGGGCCGGUGGCGCGCAGGCAACUUCGUCGGCGACCGCGACGAGCUUGUUGGCGAACAACAGCAAGAAGCAACUGACCAACAACUUCCACGAUGUGACGCAGCCGAUCAAAAACUGCGUGACGCACCUCAACGAGUGCCUGCGGUUGGCGAAGGAGGGGAAAUCCCAGUCGAAAAAGACGAACGAGAAGCAGGAAAAGGAGACUGGGGAAAAGGACGAGGGGUACGAGGAACUCCUCGAGUUUUACGGCGAUUUGACGGGCGCUUUGGAAGAUGCGGUGAAGACUCAGACCAACAGCGCUAUGGACAUGGUAAGGGUGCAUCUGGACAUCAACUGA